AUGUCUCGCGAACGAACCUCGACCUCUACCAUGUCAUCCUCCGCCGACCAGUUCCCCAAGCCCGUGGGCGCCACCUUGCUCGCCCCGCCCGCGGACCGCGAUCAGUUUUCCCCGGCCCAGUCCAGCUUCUCCUUCGAGGAGAUCCCUCCCACUUCUCCGCGCGGCUUUGCUGAGGGCGACUCUCUGGUGGACCGCAAAGGCAUCACCCGCAACCUCGAAUGGGGCGCUCCCGGCGAGAAGAAGGACCCGGAUCCCACCAAUGGCCUCCCUCGCAGCCACCCUUCCAAGAGGGCUCAGUAUUUCGAGGGCCAGUUCAACGAGAGGGACACGACGGGCCCCGCUCGUGACCGAAUCAGCAAGGACAGCCCCAUUGUUGCUGAACUGAAGACCAACGUGAUUAUCAAGGAUGAGUACACUCUGGUCACAGACCUUUCCUCUCAGAUGUCACAGCGCUUCCAGCGCCCCGAACACUGCGUCAUGGUCAGCCUUUACCAGUCGGCCUGCCUCUUGCUUGGUGGCUCAUUCGAGCCGGCCUACAUUCUCACCAUUACUGCACUUCCCUCGCAGCUCCAACCCGUGACGAACAAACGCAACACGGCCAUGCUCCAAUCCUUCCUCCGCGACAUUCUCGGCGUUCCAGCAGACCGGGGCAUUGUCAAGUUCCAAGCCAUUGAAGAGGCCAACCUGGCUACCGGCGGUCGCACUGUUCUCGGUGACAUCGAGCGCGAAGAAAGGAGGCAAGCAGAGGAAAGUGGCGGCCUGAAGCGCGCCGUGACCAAGGCGUCCAGAAGGUCUAGCCUGAAGCCCAAGAAGAGCUUGACCCUGUCGCGCAAAGGUUCGACCAGGUCGGGCCGCGUGAUCACUCCGCCCAUCCCUAGCCCGGGGCCAUUCGAUUCCGUCACUGCGAUUGCCGAGUACGACGAGAAGGCCGAUUUCUUCCCUGUUGACGGCAAGCUGGACGGUUUCUCCGCCAGGAAGUCCAAGCCAUCCCUCAUGAAGUCAACUCCCAACCUUCUGGCCCCACCGGUUCCCGACGACAAGCCAAUGCCCAGGAUCGGCAAGAGGAAGAGUUUCAUCGCCAUUUUCAGGAGAUGA